AUGAGUACCAGCACUGAUGAAUGCAAUCCUGCUACCAAGUGUGGAUGCGAUCACAACUGGCAUGCGUACUCAGGGACGACUCACUUCAAGUCCAAAGCCACAAUUGUUUCUAUCGAUUCAGAUUCUGAGGGAGCUCCAAUGACAGCAUCUGAGGGAGCUCCACCAAGUCCAAGUUUGGUAACUGAGGGAGACUCAUCGGCAAUCGAGGGAGCCUCCACUGAAGGAAACUCAUCGGCAAUCGAGGGAGCCUCAACAAAGCAGCCAGACAUACAGCCUCGACAAGUCACCUUUGACGACCCUAACCUUGCCGAAGGAGCGAAAACUUUUGAUCCAGACAUUGCCAUGACUCGACGAAAGCAGCUCCGACUGUUCAUCCUCCAUGAACGAUACGGACAUCUCCCUUAUCCAAAAUUACAGAUGAUGGCUCGAGCUGGAAUGAUUCCCAGGGAGCUGGCAAGUGUUGAUCCACCUAAGUGUCCUGGUUGUGCAUACGGAAAAGCGCAUCGAAAGCCUUGGAGAAACAGUAAGAAGCAGCGCAAAAUCAAGCCUGCCACUCAUUCGGGACAAGUUGUCAGCGUCGAUCAGUUGAUCAGCCCAACCCCAGGAUUUGUUCCAACUCAUCGAGGCACCCCAACGCUUGCCCGAUACGUUGGAGCUACUGUAUUUGUUGACCACUUCACCGACUUCACAUAUGUACACUUGAUGACGGCAAUGAAUGCAGAGGAAACCGUUCUUGCGAAACUUGCGUUUGAACGAGAGUGUGCUACUCAUGGAGUGUCCAUCCGACAUUACCAUGCUGAUAACGGAUUAUUCGACACCAAGGCCUUUCGCAAUUCAAUUACUAAGGCCGGUCAAGGUUUGACGUUCUGUGGUGUCAAUGCGCACCAUCAGAAUGGGAAAGCCGAGAGAAAGAUCAAAGAAGUGACAGAAGGGGCAAGAACUGCAUUGAUUCAUGCUGCUCAUCGAUGGCCGGAUGCCAUUCAUGCGGCUCUGUGGCCAGCCGCUCUCAAGAACUACACUAAUCUGAAGAAUUCGCUUCCAACCAAAUACACACCUGAAAUCAAAACAGCUUGCAAGCCCAACAUUCGCACAACAAAUGGGCGGAUCGGAGUCGAGUAG